CCGUAUUUAAGCUUGAAAAAAUAUAUAUGCUAGAGUUCUGACUGAUGUAGCAACACUGUGAUGUCAAUCACAUAUAAUGGGGUAGUCUCUUUAUUUGAUUCCCUAGAAGUGUUCCUUCAAAACCACCAAGGCUUCCUCCAACGCAACAAUUUUUGUACUUUCCACCGCUCGUAAAAUAUCGGCUAUCACAAGAUACGCUAUGAAAGGAAACACGUGUUUAACGCCACACUUCCCGUUUCGUUCAAGCGAACUGUUUGUAGCAUGACUCUGAAGGAGUCAGUUGGCUGUGUUUUUGGAUAAGGAGCCCCACAAUCAGAAGAGGCGUGAAGGAAGGCCAAGAACUUCAAGGACCUCGUUGAUUUACGCCAACAAGCCAACAAGCGAUGAAUCUAUGUAGAGUUGUGCUGCUGUGUAUUGUGUGUAUCCAUCAAGUGCGCGGCAGAGAGGAAUAUAUUACUGGUUACAGCGGCCAGUCAGUCAUCCUGAAAUCUGGAGCGGACCGAUCAUGGAAUCUCACCAGAGUUCAGUGGUCCAUUUAUAAGAACACCACAUACAUUGCAGGUCUAAAGGACGGUGACGUGGUUUUAUACAAUUUCUGGAGACAUCAGGGUCGACUUGGCAUCAACAAUGAAACGGGAGAUUUAACAAUCCGUAAUGUGACGGUGAACGACAGCUUGACAUACAACGUGGCUUUGGCCACCUCAGAUGGCGGGCGUAAACAAGCUAAAGUUCAUCUCACAGUUCAAGAAAGUCUCAAGACACCAGACAUCCAGAUCCAGAUGCUUUAUUCCCUCAAUGACAGCCAUUGCUACAUUGCUCUUGAGUGCACUGCAUUUGGCCAAAAUGUGAAUUUGACCUGGGCGCCUGAUGGCAAGUUCAGCGGAUCGUAUAUUUCAGGAAUCCCAAACUCUGUCGUCUCUUCGUUGGUUCUUUUCGCAUCAUUUAGUGGCAACAGAAACGUGACAUUUAACUGUAAUGCUUCCAGUGGUCAACAGACAGUGACCAGGCAAAUGAGAGUGGGAUGUUCAGAGGAGCAGCAGAAGUAUGAAGUCUGCACCGCUUGCAGUUCCUGCGCUUCCGCUGUGCUAUGGAGUAUUCUGUUUACAGCUGCAGUUGUUUUGCUCUCUGUAUAUGCAAUUAUAAAAAAUAAAGGCAGAAUUCUAGAUGCUUGGUCUAAAAGUCCCUGCAAUUUCAUCCAGAAUAGCACCACCAGUUUCAGUCCUGGCUCCCGUGGUGUUCAAAGGAAACAAACCGCGGCAUAAGAAGAAGAAAAGUCCUCUUGCAUAAGCUGCAAAUGAACAGUUUUACGUAUUACUCUAUGGAAGAGAACAGAGAUGGAAACUCGAGUCUGCGACUUGGAUCAAGUCACACUUAAGUUGCAUAAAUAAAGACUUUGGACUUGACUUGGACUCGUGACUCAUGAGACUCGUAAAAAAUGCUAGUCAUUUGGUAUAGGAGUUCAUAUAAAUGUAUCUCUGAGGGGAACUGGCUGUCUUUAGAAAAGUUUAGAUGGUAUUUUCUUUUCAUCUUGCCUCCGUAUAAUGCAUAUUAAAUGUAGUGUUCAUAACCGCAGCGCUGCUUUGUUUAUAGCGGUAACCAGAUAGCACACGUACGUCUGCAAGAUGUCUGUUAAAGAUCUCUUGAUCUGGAAAGCAUCUGCUGUCUACAAACGUCUGACAGACGUCUUUCAGAUGUCAGUUUUACAUGCAUUCUAAAUCAUAAACAUCUUAAAGACAUCUAAUAGAUGUCUAUUUGACAUCUAAAAGGAAAUGUCCUAUAGACAUAUUGCAGAUGAGCAAACACCCUAAAAAAUACGUCUUGCAGAUGUAAAUGCAGACGUCAAAUACUACUAAGCUCAAAUGAGUUAAUGUCCCAGAUAGCACACGUACGUCUGCAAGAUGUCUGUUAAAGAUCUGUUGAUCUGGAAAGCAUCUGCUGUCUACAAACAUCUGACAGACAUCUGUAAGAUGUCAGUUUUACAUACAUUCUAAAUCAUAAACAUCUUAAAGACAUCUAAUAGACGUCUAUUUGACAUCUAAAAGGAGACGUCCUAUAGGCGUAUUGCAGAUGAGCAAACACCCUAAAAAUACGUCUUGCAGAUGUAAAUGCAGAUGUCAAAUAGACGUCUCCUAGAUGUACGUGUGCUAUCAGGGUGUGUGUUUCUUAUAGCAGUUAAAAUCGUCAUUUUUAAAAUUUAUUUUCAUUUUUAAUUCAGUGAUUUUUAACUUUUAAUUUAGUUAUUUUAAUGCUUUAAAUAGGAAUUUUAGAUUGUAAUGUUCUAAUGUUCUGCAAACUAUAAAAGGUACAGCUGUCAUAAAACCAGGUUACCAUAGACCAGGUUAGUUUCCCAGCGUAAGUUGCCACAGUGACUAAGCUUGAUCUAGGCCUAUGUUAAAUUUGCUUUAGAUAGCACACGCACGUCUGCAAGAUGUCUGUUAAAGAUCUCUUGAUCUGGAAAGCAUCUGCUGUCUACAAACGUCUGACAGACGUCUUUCAGAUGUCAGUUUUACAUGCAUUCUAAAUCAUAAACAUCUUAAAGACAUCUAAUAGAUGUCUAUUUGACAUCUAAAAGGAAAUGUCCUAUAGACAUAUUGCAGAUGAGCAAACACCCUAAAAAUACGUCUUGCAGAUGUAAAUGCAGACGUCAAAUACUACUAAGCUCAAAUGAGUUAAUGUCCCAGAUAGCACACGUACGUCUGCAAGAUGUCUGUUAAAGAUCUGUUGAUCUGGAAAGCAUCUGCUGUCUACAAACAUCUGACAGACAUCUGUAAGAUGUCAGUUUUACAUACAUUCUAAAUCAUAAACAUCUUAAAGACAUCUAAUAGACGUCUAUUUGACAUCUAAAAGGAGACGUCCUAUAGACGUAUUGCAGAUGAGCAAACACCCUAAAAAAUACGUCUUGCAGAUGUAAAUGCAGAUGUCAAAUAGACGUCUCCUAGAUGUACGUGUGCUAUCAGGGUGUGUGUUUCUUAUAGCAGUUAAAAUCGUCAUUUUUAAAAUUUAUUUUCAUUUUUAAUUCAGUGAUUUUUAACUUUUAAUUUAGUUAUUUUAAUGCUUUAAAUAGGAAUUUUAGAUUGUAAUGUUCUAAUGUUCUUCAAACUAUAAAAGGUACAGCUGUCAUAAAACCAGGUUACCAUAGACCAGGUUAGUUUCCCAGCGUAAGUUGCCACAGUGACUAAGCUUGAUCUAGGCCUAUGUUAAAUUUGCUUUAGAUAGCACACGUACGUCUGCAAGAUCUCUUGAUCUGGAAAGCAUCUGCUGGUCAAAAGGAAAUGUCCUAUAGACAUAUUGCAGAUGAGCAAACACCCUAAAACACCCUAAAAAAUACGUCUUGCAGAUGUAAAUGCAGACGUCAAAUAGACGUCUCCAAGAUGUACAUGUGCUAUCAGGGAGCAAACUAUGUUUAAUUGCUGUUCAAGUGCCACCUGCUGGCAGAGAGUGAAUCUGCAUUAAUUCAGCCUGUCUGCUGUUUUGUUUCUGCAGAUGUUUUAUGUAGAAUAGUUAAGACUUUACAAAACUAAAGUCAGACCAUUUUGUUUUUGCUUCAAAUUUCAAAUUAUACAAUCCAAUUUAGAUUAAAAACUGCUCAUGCUGGAUGUAUGCAGCCUCUUUGUUUGGAUUGUGUUGUGUUUAAAAUACAGCGGUUGCCUCUAAUUUUAAAUUGAAAAAGAGCACAGACAAAGCCUUAGUUUGUUUAUAUGAUAUUUAUUUAUUUCAUUUUUAUAAUUCAUUUGAUUAAUUGGGGUUUGUUUUAAAAUGUAGUUUUGUUGUUUGACAUCAUUUCAAUUUUUCAAAGAAAUGUGCAGCAUUUUAUUUGACAAUUGAUAAAUGGACACCUUUUCAUUUCUAAUUUGUCUUAAAUUUUGUUAGUUUUUUUUUGUUGUUGUUGUUGCCGAGAAAAUCAUAUCGUGAAAUCAGUAUUUCAAAACUGAUUUAGCCUCAAUUACUAGCUGAAAGAACUGUUGCUAAUAAAUAGAACAAAGACUUGAGACGUGACUUGGACUCCGCUUUAAAGACUUGAGACUUGACCGACUUGACCUCAAAAACAUGAGACUUGACUUGGACCUCAGAGACUUGUGAACAUGUCUGGAAGAGAACAUCUGGCAUUAUGUUUGACAGUUUUUGUUUUUUAAGAAGUUCCAUUUUAAAGAAAACAAUAUGCGGAGGUUGUGUUGGUUUGACCUCAUUGGAUGCGGUCUGUGAAAUGUGUCAUCUGUCACCUGUGUGCAUGAUCAUUUCUGGUACUUUAGGCAACAUUUUCAAAGAUACAAAAAAUGGAUGUUGAAAGAUCUGGAGGCUUGUGCUCCUUCAGUUUGAACGGACAUGACCCUUCUGGUACUGAUGUCCUUUAAAUCUGGACUCAGCAUGGCAGCUCUUUUAUUUAAUAAAUCGUUUAGCUUCUUUGUUCAAAAAUGCAUGUGAAGCUUAUUUUUCUAUGCAAUUACUAGCUGUUAUAAUGAAUUGUAGCAGUAUGUGCUCAGUGUGUCACAGUAUUCUUGACAAGUCUGUGAGUGCUAUUUUUGUCUUGUCAAUGGGAAGUUGUCAAUGUUUCAUAGAAAUGGACACAUGACCUCAGUUUCUGCGUAAAUACUUCAGAAACUGGUUCCAAUAAAAGGAUAUUCCACUGAAUUUUAACACUU